AUGUCGUCUCAGGCUGUUCAGAUUGCUAUCCUUGACGAUUAUCAAGGCGUCGCCCUGACGAGUGCAGAUUGGUCUCCUUUGAAUGGCAGGGCCACAAUUGAUGUAUUCCAGGACACCCUUCAUGAUGAGGAUUCCCUGGUGCAGAGGCUGAAGAAAUAUGAUAUUAUCUGCGCGAUGAGGGAAAGAACGAAAUUCCCUCGAACUUUACUUGACCGCCUCCCUAAUCUACGGCUUAUCGCAACAACAGGCCCGGUGAACAGGGGUAUCGACACAGGAUAUGCUAGAGAGAAAGGAAUUGCCGUGUCGGGCACAGGUGGCAGCGGAAACGCUACACUCGAACACAUUUGGGCUUUGAUUUUGGCAACUGUGCGAUUCAUAACGUUGGAAGACGCCAAUGUUAAGAAUGGAAACCCGCAAUGGCAGACUACGAUGCCACUCGGACUGGCUGGAAGAACUCUGGGCCUGGUGGGAGUGGGAAGGCUAGGAAGUCAGACUGCAAAGAUUGCCAAAGCAUUUAAUAUGAGGGUGAUAGGGUGGUCACCUCAUUUGACACCUGAGCGAGCAGAAGCCGCUGGAGUAGAAUAUGUGGCGACAAAAGACGAGCUCUUUAAAGAGAGCGAUGUCAUAUCUUUGCAGCUUGUGCUUUCGGAGACGACCAAACAUAUAAUCACGAAAAGUGAUUUAUUGCUCAUGAAGCGUACGGCAUUCUUCAUCAACACUUCCCGUGGGCCUCUUGUGGAGGAAAAUGCUCUUUUGGAGGUUUUGGAAGAAGAAAAGAUUGCAGGAGCAGGCUUGGAUGUUUUCGACAUCGAACCGCUUCCACUUGAUCACCCGCUGCGCAAAGCUAAGCGCGUAACAUUAAGCCCCCAUACAGGUUAUUUGGCCGAUACCAACUAUGCUGUCUUCUGGGGUCAGACAGUCGAAAAUAUUGUUUCAUUCUUGGAAGGCAACCCGAAAAGAUUGCUGUAA